UACUGGAAAUGAGUAAACAAACGCAACUAGUAUUGCUCUCCUGCAAUAUGAUGCUGAAUAAUUUUCAAUGGAGAUCUAUUCGAACAGACCAGAUUUAAUAUGUAAACAAAACAAAUCAGAAUACCAGUGCUUUUUACAAAGCUUGCAAAAUGUUUUAUGACCAAUCCUGUGCAUUGUGUUUACAAAAAUCCGGUGCGUGUGAUAAUCAAGUAAAUUUCGAUUCUGAUGAUGAGCAAUCGGUAAAUGUGCGAGAGGUAAUUGAAAAACACUUCAAGGAAGAGCUCAGUAUGUUGCCCUUUUUAUCCAACAAAGUAGUUUGCAUUGAAUGCUGGGAAUCGCUUCAUCCUUUUCAUGAAUUUUACGUACGUGUGCAGAAGGCGCAUUUGGCGGCGAGCAGUAAGCUUAAGACUUUGCAAGAAUUAGAGAUUGUGGUUACUGAAAGUAAAUCAGAGACAGAUGCGCUUGAAAAUCUGGAGAAACAUCUGGGGAGUGAGCCACUUUCUUUGCGGGAAUGUGCUGUUGACACUGAAAAUUUGAUUUCUCCAUGUAGCGCUAUAAGUGAAGACAGCCAACAACUCAGUGUAAAUUUAGAAAUGCAAAGCAUAAGGAGCGAAACUAUGCAAGAUGGCACAAUAGAAUCAAACUAUGUACCGCAGUUGUCUGAAGAUGAAGAAAAUAACUCAGGGAGAGAAGAGGAUGACAUCGGAUGUCGAAUUCCUCCAAAAAGAAAACGGCUGGCUAAAAGGACUAAAAAAAUAAGACUGACAGAACAAGAAAAUGACCUUAAGAAAAGGAAUACGCAGCGAAAUAAAACAGCAGAAAGUGAUGAAUUUAUAGCGCAGAAUUUUAAAUUAAAAUGCUGUAUCUGUUGCAAAUCUCUUACAGAUUUCAGAGAAUUAAAAAGUCACUUCCGCGAAGAGCACCAAACUAAUGGGUAUGUUAAGUGCUGUGGCAAGAAAUUACUUAACCGCGGUGUACUAGUUGACCAUAUUCAAGUUCACAUCAAUCCAGAAUACUUCAAAUGUAAACACUGCGAGAAGGUACUAUGCGAUCGAAGCGGUCUCGAGGCACAUGAGCAAUUUUUCCAUGGUUCUAAGGAACGCAUUUAUCAGUGCGACAUUUGCCGUAAAAGCUUUUUCAGCCGUAAAAUUUUAAAUCGACAUCAUUUAAUACAUGCCCCAAAAGAACAAAAAAAUAUUAAAUGUCCGCAAUGUGAUAAAAGAUUCUGCAAUCAAUACAUGAUGAAACAACACCUUGCGCUUGUUCAUCUAAAUUUGUAUGCUAAGAUAUGCGACAUUUGCGGCAAGUCCUUAAAUGGGAAACAAGCUUUUCGAUGGCAUCAGGAGGAACAUGCUGGCGUAUCAAGGUCCUUAAUAAAGUGCACAUUAUGCAAUACAGAGCUGAAAACAAAAUAUGGCUUAGCGCGGCACAUGAAAACAAUGCACACCGAAGAAUACCAAACGCCUCAAGCCUGCCCAAUUUGCUUUAAAGUGUCUCCAACCUUACGGGCCCACAAAAGCCACAUUGAAUAUAUGCAUAGCGCAGAGAAAAAACAUGUAUGCAAACUUUGUGAUAAAGCUUUCAAAUUGCCAAAAUGCUUGCGAGAACACAUGGCAACACACACUGGAGAAGUUUUGUAUACCUGUACAUUUUGUCCGCAAACGUUCAACUCUAAAUCGAAUAUGUACUCUCAUCGCAAACGCAAGCAUCCAAAGGAAUGGUCAGAAAAGUGUGCAAAGAAAACCCUCCUUGUAGAGUAAGACCACAAAUAAUAGUAAUAGGGGACUACCAAUGUCUUUGCAAUAAGCUUUUCCGAACGUUGAAGACUAUUUAAACGGCGCCUUGGUGUUGUAACACAAAGGGGAGGGACCUAGACCGAACGGCGAUUGUAUUUUUAGAAGCAGUUUUCGAAUACACCCGGAGAUUCGCCAUUGCCUGCCGAGGGGCGACCGCUUCUAGAAAAAAAACUUUUACUAUUAUAAUUGUUUUGUUUUUUUUUUUUUUGCAAUGGCUUGAACCAUGGCAUUGCGGAAUGGUAGCGCGCACUGCUAACCACUACACCACAGCUUGAGCCAAAAAACAACUUAACGCAUAAAAACGCGAUUGUGCUGACUUGGGCAUACCAUGCUUAUAUAAAGUAGAUGAUGCUACGGAAGGACCAAGUUCUGAAUGGCCUCUGAUUUUCGUACAAAGAACUGGCGAAAGUUCGCAAAGGAGAGAAGAAAUAAGAAGAUAAAUUCAGCGAUACAUACAUAUACAUAAGUAUCUUUGUAAUUUCAGAAAAUCAAGAACCAAUGCUAAAUAAAAUUUGUUUAUAAACAAAUUUCAAAAUUUUUAAUUUAUUAAAUUAUUAUUUAUUAAUGAUGUUUACUAUAUUUUAAUUUGCUUAUUUGCUGGUUCACAUUCCACGUAUAUAUUUGAACAUGUUCCUCCAUAAAAAGUGCCUAGGUCAAGUAACUCGAAAAUUUUGUACAGCAGGCACAAGCGGAGGAAUCUUGAAACGUACCUGAACGCAGUUCUACGUACGACUAUAACCUGCCAUCUCAGGUCAUCCGAGCAUCACCUCAACGACGAAAGCUAGAUGUUCAUAGUAAAAGAAAUAAAAAACAUCUUCAUAUCUUAUAACUCUCAGAUUUGUUUUUU